UAAUAAGAACCAUAAAUAAAAUACUUCACUAUCAAAAGUAUAUCAUCCUCAUUUUCAAACGCUUGAAGAUGAACUCCAUGGCCUCCAUCUCCUCCAUUGCUAGAAGGCUCGAAGGAAAAGUAUCCAUCAUAACAGGUGGCGCUAGUGGAACUGGUGAAGCUGCGGCAAGACUUUUCAUCAAAAAUGGUGCAAAAGUAGUGAUUGCGGAUGUCCAAGACAAUCCUGGCCAAUCCGUUGUUGAAGAAAUAGGCGAAAAGGGAGAUGUUCUCUACAUACACUGCGAUGUGAAAGUGGAAAAAGACGUCGAAAAUGCAGUAGACAUGGCAGUUUCCAAGUACGGCAAGCUUGAUAUUAUGUUCAGUAAUGCUUGAUAUAUGAACUCCAAUGUUGAGGAAUUGGCUUGGAAUAAGGAGAAGGAAAAGGUUGAGCAAUUUGUGUGUGAAACUGCAAACCUAAAAGGGACAAUCUUGGAAGCUGAGGAUGUUGCAGAAGCAGCAUUGUAUCUUGCUAGUGGUGAAUCCAAAUAUAUAAGUGGAAUGAAUCUUGUGAUUGAUGGUGGAUAUAGUACUACUAAUAUUGCUUUCAAGGAAGGCAUUAUGAGGUUGCGUUCUUGAAUUAGAUUGAAUAAUAAGUAACGUUUUGAGAAAAAAUUAUAAAGAAAAAAAAAAAAAAAAGACAUGAGAUUUCGUUCUGGUUAAUUGUUCUAAAUCUUUAUAUGUAAGUUCUAUAUAUCCUUUGAAUGAAUGUUUCUCCAUUUACUUAUAUAAUGAUAUUUUUAGAGUAUAUUA